AUGAUGGAGGCAAGGACCAACUACGCCGAACACCACGGCCUCACGAUCCAGCAGGUCACCGAGGAGAUGAUCAAGGGCUCUGAGAAGGGUCCUAUUCACUGGGCUACGGUGAAGACGAAUGUGACAGCUCGUUCGGCCACGGGACAGGCUUUGCAAAGAGCCUUGAAGCACAGACCGGACGUCCGCGAACUCUACCAGGUUCUCUUGGAUUCGGAAAAGAUCUCAUUUCGCCAAGCAUGGGCAUGCACGAAGAGCUUCGAGUUUACAACCGCCCGCCGCUCCACUACGAACACGUUUCGGCGGCGAAAGGAGGACAUCGGUGUGUUCAAGACGGAGUUGCAGCUCCAGCAGCUGCUGGGCGGAUCGGACAAGGCCGAGGCUGUGUCCCAGGCUAGCAACUACGUGAACAUGUGCAUUCGGCCGGACUUGAAGCCCUUCUGCUACAUGUACAACGACUGGCUGAAGGCCGACACGUUUCUGUGGGUGGAAAGUUUGGUGAGCACUGCUUCCGAGACUGCCUGGAUGAAUGAGGUGACGGUGGAGUCGGAGAACCCCCUUUCUGGCAGCUGGUCUGAAAAAGCCGAGUUCUGCAAGGCUGCACGGGUGUAUGCUGUGGAAUACCAAUGUGCUCCCAAAGAUGUCACUUUGGACAUGCUACAGCAGACGACACUGGGAGUCAAGGGCUUUGCAAAGCUCUACGAGUCCACUCCAGCGGCCUUCCCGCAACCUGGUGGCGAUGGCUCCGCUCCGAAGCAGACGGCCGCGAAUCCACCUGCACCGGCUGCUCCCAAGGCCAAGGCUAAAGCGGCGGCUAAGGGCAAAGCUAAGGCUAUGAAAUCCGGCGAUGGUGCUCAGGGUCCUGACGGUGAGAAUCCUCUGCUUGGCUCUGGGGGAGAUGGAGAUGAAGGCCAGGGUCCUUCUAAGAGGCCCAAGAAAGGUGCAGGCAACCCCACCGGCAAAAAGGAGCGAGAAGUCAAAGAGUUCUUAGCCCUGGAAGCCGAAAGCGACAAUGUGAUGUCGAAGAUCGCAUCCUCUAUGAGUGCCAACCCCGCUGUUUGGAGUUGGGCGAAGGAUUUCGUCCAGCAGUAUCGGAGUCUCCGAACGGAGAUCCUUGCUAUGUACGCCGAUGUUGAGUUUUUUGGCCAAAUGAAGAUCGCGGCACUGAGUGCCAAGGAGACUUCUCGGCUGAAGAAGAUCUACGGGCUAGAUUAUCAUUCAAAGUUGUGCGAGUUUUGUCUGCAGAUGGGCUUCUACGAAGUCGAAAAAGAAGGUGCCCAAGCGAUCGGCCUCCGCAGCAUCGCUGUCCGUGUGAUCGAAAUCCUCAGCUGGCCAGCAUUCAUGGAUCCAGACAUCUCCGGCUCCCGGGUCUUAGUUUGGCACUGGCUGUCAGAGCUCUGCUCGUGCGGCUGUCGUGGCUGGUGUUCAGUCUUCCCGCUUCUGGAACAUUUCCGUUGUGACAUGAGCCGUGAGCACACCGAUAUUCGACCGGCGAUUUUGGAUUUCAAGGCCGACUGGCCGGCGCUGGUCGAGAUUUGCGGCCUUCGGACAUGGUCUCACAACCUCCAUCCAUGCCCAUGCUGCACGGUGGAUAAGUCUUCCUUGUUGGCCGUCGGCACACAUUCCUUGAAUUCCUCGCCGAACCCACUUUUUACGCAGAGCUCUUAUGACGAGCUCGUAGCACGGACUUUCCGGGAAGUGAUUGUGCCCGACGACGAGACCCAACGGCGACUUCACAGCUUGCUCCGCUACAGCAAGAAUGGUCGGGGACGAUGCUUGAAGGCGGCCUUCCCGCCGCUGGGUCUUCGUAGAGGCCAUCGCCUGGAGCCAUCUGAACAUCUUUUGGACGUGGACAACUUUAUCCAUCUCACGACACCAUUCAGCUGUAUCUUCUACACCGGCGGGACGCACGGUCGCAUCCUCCAUCGAUCACCUUUUUUGAGAAUACCUGGGGUCUCGAUCGACUGCUGGUGCAUAGAUGUGCUCCACACAUGGCAUUUCGGACCAUUGUCCUCGUAUGUCGCACAUUCGCUGCGAACCCUGAUUUCUUCGCCGGUGUAUCAGCCGGCCAGUUAUAAGGACCUGGAGAAAGAGGAGGCUGACAAGCUCGCCUUGCUUCAUCUUCGUGCGGAACUUUGGUCGUUCUACAAGAGACGCCGAGAAUCAGACGAAGAUUGGAAGAGAAAAGGCUCAGAGGUGUGGAACCUGACCUUGACCAUGAUUGCUGGAAAAUAUCUCAAAGCGAAAGCUGCCGAGACACAUGGGCUGCUCAACUUCGUCGUCGAUAGACUUGCAAAGCAUUCGGAACAACUGGCUUCGACGACUGAAGCUGCUUCUGUCGAUCUGUUGCUGAGAGCAGGCACUGCAGCGAUGGACUUCGAUGCAGUGCUGGCGGCUCACCCGAGAGCGGUCGAUGCCGACACUUGUGCACUGCUGUUCGACAACUACAACAGGUUCAUCUGCCUGGCUGCCAGAGCCCAGAUCCCUCUCAUGCCUAAAUGUCAUAUGAUGUACCAUAUGAUUCAGAGGGCACUGCUGAAGGGGAAUCCCCGCUUUUACUCCACUUCCAUCGACGAAUCCCUGAACGGGGCGAUCGCCCGUGUGUGCCGGUCGGUUCACAGACGAGGAUGGGCACUUGCAGUGUAUCGCAAGCUUUCUAUGUUUGAACAGCUGUUGGCAGAGGAUGAGGAGUGA